UUUUGUUGACGAAAGUUUUGUGCAAUUUUCGGAUUUCCUCUUGUUUUAGUGAAAAUAUUGUAUUGAAAUGUAUUUAAAUAUACAGCCAUUUAAAAUAUUCAUUCAUCAGUGACUAGUUUCUGCUGAACAAUGGCUUUAAAACUCGAUUUUGAGGCAUUAUGCCGUACUUGUUUGUGUAGUGAUAAUCUCCAUCCUAUAUUUCUAAAUGCUACAAAAUCUACGCGAUAUUCUAUCGCAAUUGACAUGAUAGCUGGACUGAAGGUUGAAAUGAACGAUGGGCUGCCUCAAAAAAUAUGUAUGACUUGCAUAAAAAAUCUAAACAGUGCCAUUAACUUCCGUAAGCAAUGCAAGGAUGCGGAGACGCAACUUUUGCAAGCGAAGACUGAAUCGGAAAGCAUUUUAUUUGUUCCUGAAGUAACGAUGGAAGAAAAAGGUGAUGAAGAAGAAAUAGGAGAAGAUAUGAAUGAAUCGAUGGAGUUGGAUAAUGAUUGUGAUGAUGAUAGACCGAUUAAUGAUUUUGAAAAUGAAACAGUGGUAAACGAUGAAGGAAAUGAUACGGUACCGAUCAAUAGUAGAGAAGAGAUAAAAGAAAGGAAGAUAUUGAAACGUAAAAAAAUUAAUGCUGACGGACCUUUAUGCAAAAUUUUAAAUAAAGUAGACAAAAAUCAAAGAGUCAAUUGUAAUAUCUGUCAGAAAGAGUUGUCCAUUAGGAGCAUAGACCGCCACAUGGCCAGCUACCAUCCGGCGCUGGACGCCAGGGUCAAGUGCGAGCUGUGCGACAGCAGGGUCACGCGGGAGAAGAUGGACAGGCAUCUGAGGCUGAUGCACGGGCCUGGGAACCUUACUUGUGGGUACUGCAAAACGGAGUUUCAAGAUAGGGAGAGCCUGGUAGAACAUAUCACCACAUGCACCGCCAAGAAAAAGAGGAAGCCAUACAAAAAAGGUCGCGAGCUAGCAGAAUGCGACUUGUGCCAGAAAGUGAUGCAGCGAGCGAGUCUGCGACUCCACAAGGCUGUCAAACACAAAGGACUGAGGCCUGUGUGUGAGCACUGCGGCCGCUCGUUCGGCAACUCCAUCCGUCUCCACGAGCACUACCGAGCGAAGCACGGCUACGAGAAGUUCAAGUGCGGCCGCUGCGACUACCAGUCGGCCAGCGAGUUGGCUAUGCAGAACCACGAAAGACGGCAUCGCGGCGAGAAACCCUUCGUAUGUGAGGAGUGCGGCGCGCGUUUCCACGCCGCGUACUUGCUUGCCCAACACAAACGCGGGCACACCACUGAGAAACCUGUUAAGUGCGACCAGUGCCCCUCCAGCUUCAAAUCCAACAACAGUCUGUUAACCCACAAGCAGACCUGCCACAGCGACCGAAGCUACGUGUGCCUGGUGUGCGCGCGCGCCUACCGCUGCCGGCACUACGCCGUCAAGCACAGCCGCGCCGUGCACCGGCUGAGGGGGCCGCCGCCGAUUGCUAGGGGGGACUUAGGGAGUUUAGCGGGGACCCUAGAGACUGCUACAUAAGACACUAACCAAAGCCCCCUCAAAUACACUGAUAUUGGUCAUUUAGUCCCCCUCCCCCGCCCCCAAACCCCAAAAGAAACUUAAGUGUCUUUAA